AUGCCAAACGUAGUUGCUAUCUACAUUUUUUGUGGCAACAAAGCGUGGCAUGAAGUAUGGGCAAAGAAAUGGAAAAAGAUUUUAGGUGUUGACACUGGAAUUGAUCCAAUAUGUGAAUCAAUGAAAAAGGUAAGCAUAUCAACGGAAGAUAUAAAGGUGAUCGUAGAGGAGAAAACGAAUGCGUCCUCAGGACAAACACCGAACUUCAAUUCGACAAAUCAAUCGCAGGGAUCGCCUGAACAUGUAAACGUAAUUGUAGAGAAGAAAACAGAUGCAUCCGCAGGACAAACACCGAUCUUCAAUUCGACAAAUCAAUCGCAGGGAUCGCCCGAACAUGUAAACGUGAUUGUAGAGAAGAAAACAGAUGCAUCCGCAGGACAAACACCAAACUUCAAUUCGACAAAUCAAUCGCAGGGACCGCCCGAACAUACCAAUUCUCAUCACGAAACGCCUUCGUCAAAUACAAUUCCUAAAACAACAACCACCUCUUCGGAUUCGGGAUCAACAUCAUCCACAAAAAAUACAACAAACUCAUAUGCACCUGCUCAAGAUGCUGAACAGAGUAUGUAUUGA